AUGUUUCUUUUUUGCUCUUUGAAGCAAGCGCUUGCUCAUUGUGCUCUCACAGGAGCAGUACAGAGCCAAGAUCUGGCCAUUGUGGGCUUCGGCACCGUCGGAAGCUACUUUCCGGUGACAGGCACAGUGGCACUCUCCACAUUCUCACAUCUUGCCACAGUCGGUGCUCUUCGUAGCUUAACGUCUACAGUCCUUGGCGGAGAGGCUGCACCAACCUGGGAUCUUCACCGCUGGUCCAGUCGCUUUCAAGGCUGGCGCAUGCUGGCGCCCACGGCCCUGCGUAGCAGUGAAUUCGAUAUGUGGGGUGUUGCUGUGUUGCUGGUGGUGCUGCCGAUGUUGCUGCAGGCUGGAUUUCCCAAUGCUUGUGCUGGGCCCGUCGUGCCUGGGACCUCUGUCGUUGCUACGAGGCACCUGCUACGACCGUGCCACUGCACAGCGCGUGUGGCGCACGCGCAUCCUUUUUCAAGCGCUCCAUGUCCCUCUCAGAUGGUGCUGUUUCUCUGUUCUUUCCCCUGGCUCCAAGCUGGCCCUUUGUACUCUUGGAUAUCUCUUGGAUUGUACCCCGAAUCGAUGGCGGAGGCCUUGCAAAGCCUGGCAUCACGAUGUCGGCUCCACGCAAGGCCAGGGACCUUGCAGCUUUUUCUACAAAGUUGCAGCAAGUGA